ACGAGCGCAAAAGUUCCUCCUCCCGGUACCGAGAGCAGCGGACCGGUAACGUCUCUUCCCGUCAUUGCGUGUCGUGGAACCGCUGCCGAAGGAGCGACAUGUCUCCCGGUUUUCUGCGCAGAAUCGUCUCCUGAAGAAAGCGAAGCGCGCGUGACACGCGUUAAAAAAACACAAAAACAAAAACAUCUUUAGUUGGGGAUUUUCUAUCUUUUAUGCGCAAAAGAUGGCGUUCUUCGUGAAAAAGAAGAAAUUCAAGUUCCAGACGCAGCUCACGCUGGAGGAGCUGUCGGCGGUGCCGUUCGUCAACGGGGUUCUGUUCUGCAAGAUGCGGCUGCUGGAGGGGGACUUCGUGGCCACUUCGUCCAGGCAGGAGGUUCAAGAGAACUGUGUCCGUUGGAGGAAGAGGUUCACCUUUGUGUCCAAAAUGAGCGCCAACCCCCACACGGGGGUCCUGGACCCGUCUGUCUGCAGGGUCUCAGUCAGGAAGGAACUCAAAGGAGGAAAAGCGUACUCGAAGCUGGGCUUCACGGACCUCAACAUGGCGGAGUUCGCCGGCUCCGGCUCCACCGUGCGCUGCUGUCUGCUGGAGGGCUACGACACCAAGAACACGCGGCAGGACAACUCCAUCCUGAAGGUGAUCAUCGGGAUGACCCUCCUGUCUGGAGAUCCGUGCUUUAAAACGCCUCCCGGCACCGCGAAGUCCAUCUCCAUCCCGGGACGAGAGCACACCCUGCAGCUGGACUGCAAGGGGGAGGGGACGGCUGAGCCCGGGCCGGCCGGAGGCGUCUCUCUGGGCCGGGCCUCCAAGCCUCGAGCCUCCAUCGUCAGCUCAGGUCUCCUUGACGGAUCCGAAGCGACCCACUACAGUCCUCCUGAAGUCUUCCAGUCCGGCCACUCCCGUAACUCCAGCUACGCCAGCCAGCACAGCAGAAUCUCAGGCUACAGCACCGAGCACUCCUGCUCCUCCAGCCUGUCGGACCUCACCCACCGCAGGAACGCCUCCACGGGCAGCAGCGCCUCCGGGGGCUUGUGCUUCGCCGGUGAGGCGCCGCCCGACGGCGACAAGGACGCCGGACGUCCAGAACGCCCCCUGAGACCCCCGCGGCCCGUCUUGCCCUCCAACAGGCCCCCCAGGAGGAAGCUGGACUCGGUGGAGAGUCACCCCUCCUGGGUGAACGACACCCGAAUGGACGCCGACGACAUCGUGGAGAAAAUCGUCCAAAGCCAGAACUUUGCCGACAUCAACCACACUGAAGACAGUAACCUGCGUCUGUUCGUCAGCAGAGAUGGAACGACAGCGCUCAGCGGCAUCAGGCUCGGAAACAGGGUUUCUGCAGGCGGGUACGAGCCCGUGGUCAUCGAGAGCCGGUGAACCGGUUUCUUCCUCCCGGAGCUUCAGAGACGCCGCGAGAGGAGGAACUUCGCCAGUUUGCACUUUACGUGAAGUUUGUCGUCACUCCGAGGGAAACGCACACGAAACAACACGUUCCUCUGAUCACUGCCUUGUUGUGUGAUCUUUGUUGUCAUUUAUUUUUGACCAGUUAAGGCGGUUUCGAUGUGUGGUUGUCUGAGGUUCUUCUACACACGGCCGGUGUAUUAAUACGUCAGUAGAUGUAGUUUAGAGGAACAGACGAGAGAACCACAGCUGGAGCAAAGAGAUGCUCCUCUGGACGUGUUUUAGAGGCCUCAAAGAAUCAAUAACAGUUAUUUAUUAAGAUGACGGACGGGUGCAACUGGUGGGGAUUUCCCUCAUUGAUUCAAAUCUGGCAAUAACUUGUUCUAUGAUUGGUUAAUUGUUUAGAUGUCAGUCAAAAUGGUGAAAGAUGGGCCAACGUGGCACCUUUAUUAUAAAUAUAACUAAUAUUUUGAUUCUUUUAGGAGGUCUAAAAUACGUCCGCAGCAGAACUCUCCGUCUGCUGCAGUAGAAAAACACGGACUGUGUACAAGCACCUCAAAAGACACACUUCUAAACAUCACUGCUGUCCCUUUUUUUAAAGAGGACUCUCUGUUUUCCGAAGGGGCCCUGAAGCCCUCAUCGAUGUUCUCUCCCACAAAGCCUCCGGACUCAAAAACUCUGGAUUUGACCUCUCAGGAGUGUGAGUUGCUGGUUCAACGCUGCCUCUUUGGGUAGUUCUCAAGAGAUGGAAGUGACUUGUUUUGGAGUCUGGUGGCUUUGAAGCGAGCAGAGAUCUGGGCUUCAGUUACGUCAUCCUGUCGGGACUCGAGGGCGAAGGGGGGGGGGGGGGGGCUAAAUAUAGCGUGAACUUGCACCGCUACAGAUUGUUGUUGUGUUUUAUUUUAAGGUGCAGCGAUGGAUUCCUAACAUGUGAUCCAAGGGUUCAGAAAACCACUGAGCGGCUUCUCUUCUGUUUGUUUGUUUGUUGUUGUUGUUGUUGUUGCUGCUGCUGUUGUUGUUGUUGUUUGUUGCCGUUUCCUCGUUGAUCGAUGGAACAUCGGCUGAACCACUUUGUGCCUGUGAAGUUUCUCUUGAAUGAGCCCUGAAGCACAGCUGAUGGCGAGGAGGGAAACGCCGCUUGUUUGUUUUUGUUUGUUUUUGUUUGUUUUGCUCCGUUUCACUCGUUCGGUGGUGCUUUUAUUUUGGGGAGUUGGAAGACUCUUCGAGGGUCUUCGGUGUCCCCUGGUGGAGCAACAAGGUCCUUGCACAUUUUUCAGCCCCCCCCCCCCUUUUCCGGUGUUUACGAGGGAUGUUUACCUCCCAAGUUUGUUUACAGCCAUCUUCAGAUGAACAAACACCAAAAGAGGCAAAACAACAACAACAACAAAAAAGACACGUUUUGGAAUUUAAUUUUCAUCAACCAGCCGGCUGGUUGCUGCUUUUUAUUUCAUUUUUUUGGGGGGGGGGGGUUAAAGUUUUUUGGGGCCGAUUUUGAACUUUUUUUUUUUUGUGCAGAGUCUUAAAAUCAUAUUUCUUCUGUUUGUAAAAGGUGAAACGAGCCGUAACAACGCACUCCUUUUAAAACGCAGGUCACUUGAAUUUAAUUUGCAACUAAGAGACGAUUUAAAAUCGAUUUGAUUCGUUCAGAAAUCUCUAAAUUAAUUAUUUAAUUUAAUCGUCUCGACCGUAAAGUGACAGAAAAACAAAAAUGGUGAAAAAUAAUCUGAUUUUAUUGAACAUAUUGAUCUUCAAAUUCACGUCACAAUCACACUCGAUAAAUAGAAGAAGCAUUCUGGAAACAAGCAGAAUGUUUUCCCUAAUUUACAAUUAAAAAAAAAACAAAUCAUCUUUUAAGACUUUGUUGUUUAAGCUUAUGCCGAUAUUAAUAUCGAUCCAGUGAAGCUGCAGCUCGUCGUCGUCAGCUCAUUGUAUGGAAGUUGACUCACACUACUCUGUUUAUUAAUCACACGGAUGAACCACUGACCUUAUGGUCUGGAUUUGGGCUGCGUGGCCUUUUAGUGUUCUCUGAAAGCAUUUAUUUAUAUGUAUUGUUUUGCCUGGAGGUUGAUCAUAAGCUACGCACACAAACUCACCUCCCUGAGCUUCUUUUUCUUUUAUUUUAGUAACUCUUAACAAAUUAUUGUGUCGUAACAAAGCUCGUAUAUAUAUCCUAAAUUUAUAGAGAAUCAAGUUUUUCUUUUUUUUUCGGGUCGGCAUGUCCGCGGAAAAUUACUUCUAAACAAUAAAAAGCUAAUUUG